AUGUCUGACGGAAGAAUUAAUUACGAUCCGCAGUUUAAACCAGUCAAAAAUAUCUAUGAAGAUAGAUUGAGACAGUUUAUGGAUAAAGGUGGAGAUUACCAUGAUUUAAACUUAACAAAAUUUUACGACAAGAAGAGAAUAUCUCUAGAUCAAAAUCACGUUAAAGUAGAAUGGUAUCAAGUUCCAUUUAAGAAAGGAUCAUCCCCCGUCUCUCCAGAUAAAAGACCAUCCUGGGAGUCAAUUAUUAAAAGCGACAAGAAGGGCGAAUUGAAGUUCCAAAAAGCCCACAAGGGACAACCAUUUGGACCAAGUUGGUCUACUACGUGGUUUAAAGUACAUUUAUCUGUUCCUCAAGAUUGGGUUGAUGCUAAUGAACAACUAUUGUUCAACUUCAACUGUAAUAACGAAGGUGUAGUUAUUGACCCGACAACUUUAUUACCUCAAACCGCCUUUUCAGGAGGUGAAAGAGCAGAGUAUUUACUGCCAAAACAAGAAAAUGGUGAAUAUUUCUUUUAUAUCGAAACUGGUAACAAUGGUAUGUUUGGAUGUGGUUCUGGAUCAACGAUCAAUCCACCGGAUAAUAACAGAUUCUUCCAUUUAGAUUCUGCUGAUAUUAUUCUACCAGACUGGGAAGCUCGUGCUCUUCGUAUCGAUUUCUGGAUGCUUUCUGAUGCCGCCAGGGAAUUACCAGAUGAGACUUGGCAAAAACAUAGAGCCAGACAAUUAGGUAACGAUAUCAUGAACAUGUUUGACCCAGAUGAUAGAAAAUCUGUUGCAAUAUGUCGUGCUUAUUUAAAGAAUGAAUACUUCGAUAAAUAUACAGAUGACAGAGCUGUCUAUUUCCAAGGUGACGACAAGCAAUUGACAAAUGUGUACGGUAUGGGUAAUUGCCAUAUUGAUACAGCUUGGUUAUGGCCAUUCGCUGAGACAAAGAGAAAGAUUAUUAGAUCAUGGGCUUCACAAUGUACAAUUAUGAAUGAAUAUCCAGAGUACCAAUUCGUAGCAUCUCAAGCCCAACAAUUUAAAUGGUUAUUAAAAAAUCACCCAAAAUUCUUUAACGAUGUUUUAAUCCCAAAGGUUCAAGAUGGUCAGUUUAUCCCUAUUGGUGGUUCCUGGGUUGAAAAUGAUACAAAUGUUCCAAAUGGUGAAUCGUUGGCCAGACAAUUUUUUUUCGGUCAAAGAUUCUUCUUAAAAUAUUUUGGUGUGAAGUCUGACAUAUUUUGGCUACCUGAUACCUUUGGAUAUUCUUCACAAGUUCCUCAAUUAUGUCAAUUAUCGGGGUUGAAUAAAUUUUUAACACAAAAACUUUCUUGGAACAACAUUAAUAGUUUCCCUCACUCUACAUUCAAUUGGGCUGGUAUCGAUGGUUCUGUCUUGUUAACACAUAUGCCACCAGGUAAUACUUAUACAGCAGAUUCACAUUUUGGUGACGUCUUACGUUCUGCCAGACAAAACAAGUCCAAUGAAUUCUAUGGUUCGGGACUAAUGUUGUAUGGUAAAGGUGAUGGUGGUGGUGGACCAACUAGAGAAAUGAUGGAAAAAAUGAGACGUAUUAGAUCUAUGAGUAAUAAAAAUGGUAAUGUUAUUCCAAAGUUACAAGUUGGUACGUCUAUUGAUGAAUUUUAUCAAGAUAUCCUCGACCAUACUGAUAAUGGUGAGAAAUUACCUACCUGGAACGGUGAAUUGUAUUUUGAAUUCCAUAGAGGUACUUACACUACUCAAGCUAGAACAAAAUACCUAAUGAGAAAAUCAGAAAUCAUCAUACAUGACCUUGAAUGGAUUGCGACAAAGACUUCAAUAAUUUACCCUGACGAGUACCAAUACCCUGUCAAACAGAUAAACGACCUAUGGGAAAAUAUCUUAUUAUGUCAAUUCCAUGAUGUUUUACCGGGUUCAUGUAUUGAGAUGGUUUACAAGUAUGAAGCUGUACCAAUGUUAGAGGAGGUAAUUGAGAAAUGUUCUGACUUGAUUAAAGAUGCAGCAAGGUUUUUGAUGCAUAAGACAGAAAAGAAAAAUGAUAUUACCUCCAUUUCUACUCUUGAUUGGGUUCCUUCGAGUGUUAAACAAGAAGUUCUUGAUCAAUUUUCUGCUAAAAUAGAGGAAACCGAACAUAACCUUAUUUUAUGUAAUGGAAAACUAGAGGUAACCAUUAGUAAAACUUCUGGUGCUAUCACAAGUAUCAAGGAUAUACCAUCAUCGUCUCAAUUUUUAGACAUUAAGAACGGUAGAAAUAAAUUAGGUGCAAAUCAAUUCGUUUUGUUUGAUGAUAAACCUCUGAAUUGGCAAGCGUGGGAUACUGAAUUAUACUCCGUCACGCAAUACCAGUAUCUACAAAAUAUCGAAAAGGUCGCAGUAAUCCGUAAUUCUAAAUUGGAAGUUGCUGUCGAGGUUAUUGUUAAAGUAUCGUCAGGUUGUUCGAUAAAGUCGACGAUUUCGUUGAAGGCAACUACAUUUGAGGCUCAAAACAAGAGUAAGAUCGAUAUCAACACUUUAGUAAGGGAUUGGGAUGCUAAAAACAAAUUUUUAAAAGUUGAAUUUCCAGUUAAUGUUCGAAGUGAGUUUGCUUCUUAUGAAACACAAUUUGGUAUUACCAGAAGGCCAACAGUAUAUAAUACAUCCUGGGAUGUCGCGAAGUUUGAAGUUUGUCACCACAAGUUUGCCGAUUAUUCUGAAUUCAGUAAGGGUGUCUCAAUUAUCAAUGAUUGCAAGUAUGGGUUUUCCACCCAUGGUAACCUGAUGAGAUUAUCGUUAUUGCGUUCUUCAAAGGCCCCCGACGCCCAUGCUGAUAUGGGUACCCACCAAAUUAAUUAUGCAAUUUACCCUCACAGAGGCCAACUAGGCACAGACACUGUCAAACUAGCUUACGAGUUUAAUUAUAACAAUACAUAUGAUAUUCCUUCCAGUGUAGUGAAUUCAUUCAAUGGAGUUGUAAGUAUCAUAGGUGACGAAAACGUUAUUUUGUCAAACAUAAAGAGGGGUGAAGAAGACUCCUCUUUGAAAUCGAAUUACUCUUUGAAUCCACAGAAAGAAAAAAGUAUCAUUGUGAGACUUUACGAAUCACUUGGAGGUGAAUCUAGAACAUCGUUGGUUUCAUCGUAUCCUUUAAAAUGUGUCUUUAAGGUAGACAAUUUGGAACUAAAGAUACAUGAGAAAUGUGACUUCGUUGCUGCUGAGGGUAGAAAUAAAGUUACUGAAAUUCCUGUCGUUUUGAGACCAUUUGAAGUUGCGUCCUAUAAGCUAGUCUUUGCUUGA